AUGAACACUCUGGUAGACAUGCGUGACUUGUGGCUCUACUGGAUAUCGCUAAUCGCUCGAAUCGCAGUGCCUGUUGACUUGGCUCAUGACCCCCGCAACUCCUACGGUUAUGUUCCUACGAAGAGCGUAUGCAUUACCUUCAUUAUUCUCUUCACUCUCGCCGCUGUGAUACAUACUGCGCAAAGCUUCUACUGGCGCAUGAGGUGGCUUCUACCCACUGCGGCCCUGUGCGGACUGAGCGAGGUUGUGGGCUGGUCCGCGCGCCUCUGGUCCAGCAUCAAUCCGCUGAACAAGAACGCAUUCAUAAUGCAAAUGUCUGUUACGAUCAUGGCCCCAACUCCACUGGUCGCAGCCCUCUUCCUCUGCUUCGAGCUAAUCUCUGAGCGGCUCGGUACGCAGUACGGCAGACUUCCGCCCAAGUGGUAUUCGCGAAUCUUCCUGGCAUGUGACUUUAUCUCAUUGAACGCCCAAGGCAUUGGCGGUGGACUCGCAGGUUCCGCAGAUGGAGACCAGCAUCAGCUGAACCUGGGAAGCAACAUCAUGCUGGGUGGCAUAGUCUUUCAACUAGCGUCGAUCUCCGUCUUCGUCGCCCUCAUGGUCGAGUAUUUCAUUCGCUACGCCGCCGACAGGCCCGUCCGCAAGUCGAAGUCGCCGUCCGCGGCGCAGUCAUCGUUCGCGCUGUGCCGCGGUGCCAUAGACGCCCAUAUGCAGCUGAUGGUCCUCGGCGUUUGUCUCGAUUCACUCUUUCUAUUCAUUCGGUCGGUCUAUCGCACAGUUGAGCUUGUGAAUGGCUUCGACGGACCCAUCAUCCAGACCCAGGUUUACUUCAAUGUUCUAGAUGGGGGCAUGGUAGUUCUGGCCAUCUACACCCUUGCGAUCCUCCAUCCCGGAUGGCUCCUGGCUGGUCAAAAACACCCUGCUUACGCAUGUGAAUCUGGGAUCAAGGAGUCGGACUCUAUGCAUCGCAAGUCCUUGCUCAUGCACAGCCACAGCCCUUACAGAGACUAA